CAGGAAGUGGAUGCGUCCGAGUUGAAAGUUCAAAACGUCCAACCCAAAUGCUACAACAACAAACAUCUUCAGGACGUUGAUAUUUCGUUUGUUUUGGUAUUUUAUUGUAGUAAAUAAAUAUAAAAUGACAGGAAAUAAGGCGAAAGACCUUUUGCAGAUGGACCUGUAUGGUCUACUGGGUAUAGACGGCACAGCGACGGCGAAAGAGAUCAAGAAAGCCUACCGACAGAAAGCCUUGACCUGCCAUCCAGACAAGAACCCAGACAACCCAAAAGCAGCUGAUCUCUUCCACCAGCUGUCCCAGGCCCUAGAGGUGCUGACUGAUUCUGCUGCCAGGGCUGCUUACGAUAAGAUCUGCGCUGCCAAGAAACAAGCGGAGGCGAGAAACAACAAGCUAGAUGCUAAGAGGAAGAAGAUCAAGCUAGACUUGGAGGCCAGGGAACGCCAGGCGGAGGCACAUAGUGCAGAGCAGUUCCAAAACACCAGAACACUAGAGGAGGAGAUUGCCCGUCUGCGAGAGGAGGGCUCCAGGCAGCUGCAGGAGGAACAGAGGCUGAUCAAAGAACAGAUCCAGAGGGAGAGAGAAGCACAGCUCCACCACUCAGGCACAGCAGACUACACAGCUACAGACGCAGCACUUGGAAGGCAUUCCAAGAGCAAUGUGACCCCCAAAUUAAAAUUGAAGUGGAAGUGUAAAAAAGAGGAUGACACCAACGGUGGCUACUCUCAAGACUUUAUUUUUUGCCUUCUAUCAAAGUAUGGCGACGUUUUAAAUGUUCUCAUAUCAAGGAAGAAGAGAGGAAGUGCUGUGGUAGAAUUUGAAACCGUAAAAGCAGCUGAAUUGGCAUAUAAGAACGAGAGUGGCCUUACAGCAAACCCACUGAAGAUCUCUUGGCUUGAGGGACAGCCUGAAGUCAUCACCCCAGUGGUGUCGCAGGUUCAGCAAACAUCUGGACAGUACUUCCCACCUAAACAGGUUUGUUUGGCUUGGAGACGCAGUGUGUUGGCCCGGUGCUGGUCCGAUCCCCUGGCCUGUCCCGCCUCUCAUUAAGGCCUGACCCACCCGGGAGACCAAUGGAAUGCCUCACUCCAUGAGAAUCACACGGUAACCCAACACGACCAGCGUGAAGGCAGGCACGAGAGGGCUUUCUCUCUCUACCCAGAGUGGUACUCACCCCAGUCUGCCCACCUUUUUGCUAACCUCCUGGUCGGCUUUCAUAACACGCAUACUGGCCGUUUGGAGGCCUUUUCCAGUCAGGGUAAUGUUGUAGCACAGUUGGGAAAUGUAGGUGGACGAUGAAGGUGAUCUGAGUCAGUUUGAGGAGUACAGGAAGUUUAAGCUUCUCUCUGGUCAUGAGCUAGACAUGACUCAGUCUCUGUGUCCAUAAUCACCAUUACUUAGUUUCAGUGCUGUGGUCAUUUAGGCCUAAUAAUAAUAAUAACGCUGACUUUGUUUAUAAAGAGCUUUUCCAUACAUUUGGGCUCAGGUCUGCAUGGGUUUAGACCAGCAGACUCUCCCUCCCCAGAGCUGAGGAUGGACUGUUUCACCUCAGUAACUCAGGCCCCUCGUCAGGGUUCACAGCCCGGCCCGCGCAUUGGGACUUGUCAGAGUAAUGUUAUUAUGGUAACUGGUUUUACCGGUUAAAGCUAUCCGACGUAGAUUGCUUCAUCUCUCGCAGAGCUUUUCAGGGCAGAGAACGAAAACAACAUGAUUAUGGCAGUGUAAUUUUCACAUUAGCCCUCAGUGAGUACGCUUCUUACUAAAGAGGCCCACAUGACAUAAUGGGGAUCCAGUGAACAUUGGUAAUAUUGUCCCACAUCUGGCCUGGGGUCAGUGGAUACUGGGGAGAACCAUGGAGGUCCUGGGCAGGCUGUCUGGCCUGGGGUCAGUGGAUACUGUUACAAUCUCCACCCGGCACUGCCAGAAGAGGACUGGCCACCCCUCUGAG